AUGGACGCCAACAACAACAACAAGCGCAAGCUUCCGAUCGACGACGAAGAGCCCAGAUUGGAGGAUGAGCCCCCGCGCCCGAAGAGGGUGAGCAUCUACCACCCGCACUACAGAUACGGUCCUAAUCGUAUCCGUCCAGAGCCGGUAAAUAAGUGCAUACUGUUGGAUAGAUUGUAUUGUUUUUCAGGUCGACGAGAGCGAAAGCGAUCAGAGUGAAGAGAACGAGGAGUUUAAGGAGGAGAGCGGGUAUGAGAGCGAGCAGAAGGUCUCCGAGGAGUCUACGUCGGUGGAAGAUUCCGAGGACGAGAUCGAGUUGGAGCACGAGGAACAAAACGAGAAUGAGGAUGAUGUUGAUGUGAUCGAGGAAAAGGAAAAGAACUCCGACAUCAUCGUCCUCAAUUAA